CGCUUGAAAUCAGAGGAUGUGAACGAGAAUCAGCCACGGCUGGAAAGAUACAGAUUUGUCAAGCUAGCAAGCGUGAGCCACACAGGAAGUGACGCGAGUUGCACUACAAAUUAAAAGGUUUUAUGAAGCCCCGAUGCAAUAGAGGACUUUUUGGUUGAAUUCAUAAAUACAGCCUCAUUUAAAUUUCUCCAUCGAUAGCGUCCACUUUAUUUUACAGCACAAUCGUGCUUCUCCUUCUCCCUACAAAGAAAUGAGGGGCCACUGGUUAUUUUACUAUGACAACGCAAUCGGGAAGUCCUUAAUCUCUCCGUUCUUGCUAACUUGGCAGCACACUGGAAAGCGACCAGAUGGAAUUCAGCACUGCCUUCUUAACAGAUUCCACACAUUUUAAAUUGUUUCGCACACAUUUUUAGCCGACUUUUCUGUCGACAAACAGCCCUGGCGUGAGCACAGGCGUCUAUCUGGGAGCUUCGGCUGCGCUGUGAACCGGGACAGAAGCGGUCAAGACGUUUACAGAUCCCCCCCACCAAACAUCUUCCCACUGUCCCAAAGGCGUGUGCACACGUGUCCACCCAUCCAUCAUGCCGCUGUUUGGUAAAUCACACAAGAGUCCCGCCGACAUUGUCAAGACGUUGAAGGAAAACCUGGCCAUCCUGGUCAAACAGGACAAGAAGACAGACAAGGCCUCUGAGGAGGUGUCUAAGUGUUUGGUGUCCAUGAAGGAGAUCCUGUAUGGAAGCAAUGACAAGGAGCCCCACACCGAGACUGUGGCCCAGUUGGCCCAGGAGCUGUACAACAGCGGCCUGCUGAUCGCGCUGGUAGAAAACCUGCAGGUCAUAGACUUUGAGGGGAAGAAGGACGUGUGUCAGAUCUUCAACAACAUCCUCAGGAGGCAGAUUGGGACGAGGAGCCCCACUGUUGAAUAUUUCGGCUCCCACCAGGAGGUCCUCUUCAUACUGCUGAAAGGAUAUGAGAUGCCCCAGGUGGCGCUAAAUUGUGGGAUCAUGCUGAGGGAGUGCAUCCGCCACGAGCCACUUGCCAAGAUAGUUCUCCAUUCGGAGCAUUUCCACAAUUUUUUCAACUACGUGGAGAUGUCCACCUUCGACAUUGCUUCUGAUGCAUUCGCCACCUUUAAGGACCUCCUGACGAGACACAAAGUGCUUGUGGCCGAAUUCCUCGAGCAGAACUAUGAAGCUGUGUUUGCAGACUAUGAGAAGCUGCUGCACUCUGAGAACUACGUCACCAAGCGGCAGUCUCUAAAGCUUCUGGGAGAGCUGUUAUUGGACAGACAUAACUUCACGGUCAUGACACGGUACAUCAGCAGGACAGAGAACCUGAAGCUGAUGAUGAAUCUGCUCCGAGACAAGAGUGCCAACAUCCAGUUUGAGGCCUUCCACGUCUUCAAGGUGUUCGUAGCAAACCCCAACAAGACGCAGCCCAUCAUCGACAUCCUGCUCAAGAACCAGACCAAACUCAUCGACUUCUUGAGCAACUUCCAGAAGGACCGCACGGACGACGAGCAGUUCAACGACGAGAAGACCUACCUAAUCAAACAGAUCAGGGAUCUGAAGAAACCGGCUUCCUAGAGAAGCAUCCCUGCCUGCCCUCUGCUUCAACUUUUUAUUAAUAGGAAGACAUAGAAAAAAAACACAUUAACAAUAAUGGUUACUCUAUUUGAAAAAAAAAAAAAUCUUUGAGACGUCAUUUGUCUUUUUUUUUUUUUUUUCCUCUUUGUCAGUUCAUUAAAAACUUGUGCAAGAGUAGUUCUUAAUCACUGAUCUUUUUUUGUAAUUUUUUUUUUUUAAUCUCAUCUGUAGCAUGUAGUGCCACAACUCAUGGUGUUAGAGGCAGCUGAUUUGCUGGGGGUGAACCAGGGGUUAAAAAAAAAAAAAAAGCUUCAGCCAAAAUCCUCCAGGUGGAUGAGCAUUUUCUUUAAUCUUAUUAGCCUCUGCUUGCAAAGGAAUUUGCAAAUUUUUAAAAGUAGUGGCUGCAAAUCAGAAAAAUGAAGAACUUUUUUUCUUGGGAGAUGUGUGGUGAGGAUGUUGGUCUGUCUGGUUAGGACCAGGUGAAGUAUAUUUUAUAGCGUGAAUAUCUUAAUGCAUUCUUAGUCAUCAGUAAAAGCAAUUUUUUUUAGCCAAAUGGCAAUGGUAAAGCUCAGUAGCCCACAACAGUGUAUUGGGGUAUUGUAGCUUAAAAAAUUAAAGAUAAUCAUUAAGGGAGGAGGCGGUAAGAGUGAAAAAAAAAAAAAGCUUUGUAUUUCAAAAAUUAUAGUAGCAGACUGGGUAGGAAAAACUCAUGAAGUUACUAAUUUACAAGUCUGAAAUUUAAGGGGAAAAACUAAAGUAAUCUGAUAUAAUUAAGAACAUUAAACGUGAUUUUAUUGAGUCGUGAAUUUACGAGCAUAUUCGGUCACAUUUGAGAUUAGUGAAUUCUAAAUUUCUAUAAUCUUUUUUUUAUUAUAAUGGCCCUUUGUGCGAGCUAAAAAUCAGUGAUUGUUUUUUCACUUUAAAGCUGAGGGGGGGAAAAAGAAGAAAAAAAAAAAAAAGGAUUGGAUUGCAUACAAUCCAAAAGGCCAACGUCGCUUCAGCGUGUCACACCAACAUGGUACAAGUCUCGUCGCCGGUCUAAAGGCCGAGCCCACCCGUGCGGUUCUAAAUUACUCACAGGUCUUGAAAACAAACUGAUUUCAAACAAAAAUUUUAAAAACAAGAAAAAAGAAAAUGAAGGAAAAACAACAAUUUUGAUCACUGGUUCUCUUUGCUGGUGGCUAAUAGCACUUUGUAUGAUUUAAAAUAAUAAUAAUAAUGGUGAUUCAAUUUGUUUGAAGCUGAUCGCUGUUUUAACACUGCUUAAUGUUGUUUUUUUUAAUAUAUAGUGUCAUUUCUCAUCAUGUACAGUUUCUGGUUUGAGUGCCAUUGUGAGGGAGAACAUGAGGAGGAGGCACUUUGCUGUGUUGACGCUGUAGAGCUGUAAAGAUGGCUGUUUUUUUGUUUCACUCCCUGUUCUGUCUGUACUGUAACGGAUGUUUGACUCUGGUUUGGAUCUGACGUUGUAAUCAGAGAGGACGAGAAGAUUCAGAGGUGCCUUUUUUUGUUUGUUUUGGUGUGUUUUCCUUUCUCUGUACUCGUUUUCUUUCCUGUAUUUGCAGUAUCUUUUUAGGGGGAGCUUAAUUGUUAUGUUGAUGAAAAUAUGCUCUGAUAGAACAUAUUUGUUGUGAUUAAGCAGUGAACCUCUUAACUCACUACAUCAGAGUUCCUUUUGUCGUUUGACACCUUUUAAACUAUUUUUUUUGCUCA